AUGUGGCGUGUCGUCGUUCUUCUGGAUCCUACACAUUACUCUACGCAUUUACCGCUUAUGUGAUCAUCAGUGUUUUGAUUGUGGCAACGAUAUAAAUACGGAUGUAAACAUUUGCCAUUCACCAACACACAUGAACAAACGGAUGGGAUUUGACAACUGGGGUCGAUCCUCUUUUUCCUACCAAAUGUUCUACAUGACUACACCUCCUUAUAUACCCACUUUGUUCCGCACACACAACGACGCGUUGCUACAGAUCCAUUCCACGCUUUAGCUUUGGACGAGUCGGUUCGCUAGUGAGUGAUCCACGCAAGAGUUAUCAACUCUGCAGUGAAAAAGCCAUUCGGUGUCGUGCAUUUGUGUGAUAGUCAAUCGACUUCAAGUAAUAUAACGAAUUAGCUUAUUCUGGUAGAUUGUAGAAGGCAAGCUAUGGCAGACAAAGAACAAUCGCUCGAAAGCCGAAUGGCGGCCGCAUCGCUUGGACUAAAAUACAACAGCGAUGAUUCCAUCAGUUCACGCGUUGAGCAGCUUAUCAACAACAAACACCUGUCGGACGUGACUUUCAUUGUAGGACACGAAAAGCAACGAAUCUACGCCAGCAAGAUGCAUUUGGUGACGGUGUCGGAAUAUUUUUACACCAUGUUUUAUGGAAACUUUGCCGAAGCAAAGCGCGACGAGAUCGAGCUGAAGGAUGAACAUCCAGAAACAUUUAUAACAAUAUUGCGUCUAAUUUACGGUGCAAAGGUGGAUAUCAAUUUUGAAAACAUUCAUGAUAUUUUCGACCGCAUACGGAUGUACCUGUUACCGAACGAAUAUUGCAAACCGCUGAUAAAUUUUCUAAUGGAUCAAAUAGUCGACUAUGAUACUGCGAUGAAGAUAUUUCGUAAAAAUCUUCACUUCAAAUUCGAGCUUGUGGAUAAAGCAUGCACAACAUAUAUUAAAAAUAAUCCGCUGUAUUACUUUGAUCAAGAUGAUUAUACGACGCUCGAAGAGGAAAUAAUUCGUAAGAUUGUUAGCAUGCAAGAAAUCAAUUGUACUAAGGAACAACUACUAUCUGCAGUGGAAAAAUGGGGGCUCGCGAACACUGAAACGGGGACGAAGGAACUGCAACAGCUUGCAAUCAGGACAAAACGUUCGUACUUUUCCCAUAAAUUCAUUUUCCUUGCUAGUAUGGAAAAAUGCGAUUCAUGGCGUAGCGAAACAUGUUUCCAGAUACAACUCGAAUCACGGAACCCGGUAGCAUUGUAUGGUAUAGGCGUGUACGUAAUACCUAAUGACAAAGUUACGAUUUCACUUUCAAUGUUAGAUUAUAAUAGAUGUAAAGACAGUGUCAGUUUAAACUUGGAGAAGAGAUGCAUUCCGUAUUUGGAUACAGUGGACUUAAUGUUCAAAGAAAUAGUGUUGGUAAAAGGAGAACCUUGCAAAUUUCAAUUGCUCAUGGAGAACGCUAAAGGUAUCAUUAGCUUAGCCGGCUGCUCAAAAGCCACAAUAAUACACGAGGAAAUAUCAUUGAAAUAUGAAAUGCCAAACCGCAAACCAACCAACACCAUCGCUCAUGUUUGGGCCAAGUUUCCAGGAUGCGAUUUAGAAGAAAAGGGUGCGCUAAGGUGCUGUAUAGUAUAAGAAUUGUCUACAAAAAAACCUAGUUUGUUUAAACUGUUCGUAACAUACAACAGUUUAGAACACGGAAUUUAAAAGAAAACAUGAAAUAUAGAACUAGUGUAAUACUUCACAUUAAACAGGAUACAACUAACUACAAGAAUAUGUAUGAAUAACAACAUAAUAGCGAUAGUCAUACUAAACAAACUGUUCACCAUGAUAUUGUAAUGCAAGGCAAUUUUUCGUAAAAUGAAGAUGGAAGUUUAAUAAAGCUUGUGAUGUAUUACGGUA